AUGACUGAUUACGCGGCGGACCAGAUGAACACAUUUUUGAAAGAACACAAGGUAAGUAUUUGAUAUCUGUUAAUAAAUUUUUUUAAAUAAAUUUUUGAAUUAACAACUUGAAAAAAUAAUACAAAAACUUUUCUUAUAACCUUAUUAUUACAGGAUGGAAAGGCGGAGCGCAUGACUACGUCAUACGGAGUACCAAUGCCGACUCGUACUGCUUCAUUAACAGCUGGCUUACGAGGCCCAAUGCUUCUCCAGGACCACGUUUUCUUGGACGAAAUGCAAAAGUUUGAUCGCGAACGCAAUCCAGAACGAGUGGUACAUGCAAAAGGUGCUGGUGCUCAUGGCUACCUUGAGAUUACUCACGACAUUACACAGUACAGUCGAGCUUGCGUGUUUAAAACUGUGGGUAAAAAAACACCAAUGUUUAUUCGGUUCUCUACUGUUGGUAGGUUUAUUCAACUUAUUGUUUGUUAAAUUGGUAUGUCACAAAGUCAAUGUGACGCUUACAUAUAUGUUGCUAACUUUUGAUUUUUUAGGUGGGGAACGUGGGAGCCCUGAUACCGCGAGAGAUCCUCGUGGUUUCGCCAUGAAAUUCUACACCGAAGACGGUAUGCAAAACCCCAUUUUUUACUACUAGGUGAUUUAUUACCAUUUUAUGUUUAAUUUGUCUAAAAUUUUUAGGUAUUUGGGAUUUGGUUGGCAACAACACACCAAUCUUUUUUGUCAGAGAUCCCAUUUUAUUUCCUUCCUUUAUUCAUACUCAAAAAAGAAAUCCAGCUACUAAUUUAAAGGAUCCAAACAUGAUGUUCGACUUCAUGUCUCUUCGACCUGAAGCAAUACAUCAGUACAUGUUUUUGUUUUCGGAUAGGGGUACUCCAGACGGUUAUAGAUUCAUGAAUGGUUACGGAAGUCAUACCUACAAACUAGUAAACGAUAAAAACGAGGGUUUCUGGGUCAAGUUUCAUUUGAAGGUACAGUUAACUUUUCCUUUUGAAAGUUUAAGAAAAUUUUAAUAUCAUGUUAAAUUACGAAAAAUGGUUUGACUAGAAUUUGUGUUAAUUUUUAUAAUACUUAUUGAACUUCUAAUUUUCAGACAGCACAAGGGAUAAAAAAUUUGUCGGCUGAGGAAGCAGGUCGAUUAGCUGGGGAAGAUCCGGAUUACGCAACUCGAGAUCUUUACAACGCCAUAGAAGCCAAGGAUUACCCGGAAUGGAAUCUUUUUAUUCAAGCAAGUUUUAUCUCGAAAACACUGCGGUUUAACUUUUUCAAAUUUAAAUUUUAUGCAUGUUUUUUGGUUGUUAAACCAAACUUUUCGGUAUUAUAGAUAAUUCCUGAAUCAGAUGAAAAAGAACUGCCUUUUAAUCCGUUCGAUUUGACGAAAGUGUGGCCCCAAGGCGAUUAUCCGCUUAAACCGGUUGGUAAAAUCGUUCUUAAUCGGAAUCCCAAAAACUACUAUGCUGAAGUGGAACAAGUAGCGUUUGCACCAUCUCAUAUUAUACCUGGAAUCGACUUCAGUCCUGACAAAAUGCUUCAAGGCCGAAUUUUCUCGUACACCGACACACAAUAUCAUCGUCUAGGUAUGGUUUUUGUUCUGUUUUUUUUUGUUUUUUAGGCAGAUGAUUUUUUUUUAAUUUUACAAACUAAAAUCGGAGUUUUAGGGCCAAAUUAUCAGCAACUCCCAAUAAACUGUCCAUUCUCGAUGAAGCCUCGAAACACUCAACGAGAUGGCCCAAUGUGCUUGUUCGACAAUCAAGGAGGGGAACCAAACUACUAUCCAAACAGCUUUGGAGCUACUCCAGAACCCCAGAAUAGGGAACAAGAAUUGACCCACAAGUUCGAAAUCAGUGGCGUAGCACAUCGUUGGGAAAGCCGCGAUGAUGAUAACUACAGUCAGCCUAAAGUGUUUUGGGAAAAGGUACGGCAUUUUUAUUUCUCAUGUAAUUUUUCGCUCUUUUAUGCCCUCGUUUACUUUAUCUGCUUAAAAAUUUUAAAAGUGAAAAAAUUUUGUUUCUCUUUUAAUAGGUGUUGGACGAAGAGCAUCGAGACCGUCUGUGCCAAAAUCUUGCUGGCAUGAUUGAGAAGUGCGCCUCUCACGUUCAGGAACGUUGUGUAAAAGAGUUCAGUAAAGUGCAUCCAGAUUUUGGAAGUCAAGUUCGUCAUCUUCUUUGUGAAUCCGCUUCGAACAAGCAGGAAGAGAAAAUGCAAAAACGAAUGUGUUCUUCAUAA